UUCUUUCAUCCCGAAAUAGAUUUUCCCGGUUGCUAUAGAAACCGUGGAUUUUUAGCGAAGUGCACUUUUUUGUUUGACAUUUGCGCAAUCAAGGACUUCUCGCGUCUUGCCGGCGACACGCACUCCAAACAGUUUUCCAGCGCAGUGGCCUGUAUCUGAGAAUCCGUUCGUCAUCAUGGGGGAACUGCAGACGCACGAGCUAACGCUCUAUUCCAUAAUUCUGUUUUUACUGUUCGAGACGCUCGUCGAGAUCUACCUCACCUUACGGCAGGUGCGCGUGUACCGCGAGACUCGAACCGUUCCCAAGGACCUGCAGAAUGUGAUGGACCAGGAGACGUUCGAGAAGUCGCGAGUGUACGGCUUGGAUAAGGCCAACUUUGGCAUCUUCCGGACCAUCGUUUGCGAUGUGGUGAUUGCGUUGCUAGAACUGUACUGUGGUUUCAUCGCGUUGAUAUGGGCACGUUCGGUGCAGAUCGCCGAUCGGAUCGGUCUUAAUGCCGCCAGCGAGAUUCAGGUGGGGUGUAUCUUCGUUCUGGUGCUUCAAACCCUCGGAGUGAUGAAGGAGAUGCCGUUCCGGAUCUACGGCACAUUCGUGCUCGAAGAGCGCCACGGUUUCAACAAGCAAACGGCUGGCUUUUUCGUCAAGGAUCAGAUCAAAGGAUUCAUCGUAUCCAUGGUACUGACUAUACCCAUCGUGGCAGCCCUGAUUUACAUCGUGCAGAUCGGUGGACCGUACUUCUUCGUCUAUCUGUGGGGCUUCGUAGGUGUAGUGUCGCUCCUCCUCAUCACCAUCUACCCGGUUUACAUUGCUCCCCUGUUCGACAAGUUCCGUCCGCUGGAGGAAGGUGAGCUGAAGAGCAGCAUCCACGAGCUCGCUAGUAGCGUAAAGUUCCCGCUCGGUCAGCUAUUUGUGGUAGAGGGAUCGAAGCGAUCGGCACACAGCAAUGCCUACUUCACGGGACUAUUCGGCGUGAAGCGUAUCGUGCUGUUCGACACCCUACUGGUCAACAAGGGUCUACCGGAAGACGAUCCCACGCUGACGGAGAGCGAUAAAAAGAAGGGUUGCAAGAACGAGGAAGUCCUGGCAGUGCUUGCCCACGAGCUUGGCCACUGGAAACUGGGACAUGUAUCGAAGAACAUUGUCAUCAUGCAGGUGCAGAUGUUCCUGAUUUUCCUUGCUUUUUCGCAACUGUUUACUUACGCACCACUGUACCAGGCGGUUGGUCUGCCGGCGGGAGAGAAACCAAUCUUGAUCGGAUUCAUAGUGAUCGUUAUGUACGUGCUAGCACCCUACAACACAGUGAUUUCGUUUAUCAUGACCAUCUUAUCACGACGGUUCGAGUAUCAAGCGGAUGCGUUCGCGCAAGAGUUGGGCUACUCGAAGAACCUGGGACAAGCGCUGAUCAAGCUGCAGCUCGAUAAUCUUGGAUUUCCCGUGUACGAUUGGAUGUACUCGGCCUGGAACCAUUCCCAUCCAACUUUGCUGCAGCGACUUGAACGACUGAAAACCGACGGCAAGAAGCAACGAUAAAAGGGGUGGGCAACACUUUUGAACUACUCUGCGCACACACCUCUUUCCUCCGUCGUCCGUUUACUGUGCACUUCAUUUGCAUUUCGUAAAGCCAAAGUUUUACCAUUAUUUCCGAAUGGUGUUUCAGCGAAAUUUACUUAGUAUAAAGCACAUUUUGCUUACUGUAUCCAGACUAACCCUCGAGUAUAGCUGCCUCAAACCAUACCAUGCGUCCCUAUUUUACAGCAGACGUUUAGUUUUGUACAAUAAAAUGAUGCCACAGUCACGAACUAGUUCAA